AUGCAAGCAACUUUUGCUUUGCUCUGACCUGCCCGCAUAGAUUUGCAGUAGAGCUGAAAGCAACCUGAAACAAAGUUAGUUGGCCCGUUUUGUGGCACGUCCCUACAGCUAGCUGUGUGGUUUGGUCCGAUCACGUUCACAAAAAAGAAGCAUUUUGCAUUCUUUCAAUAGUUUCCUUGUUGGUGGUUACUGCUCCGGUCCUCCCCAGGCCUGCCGUUCCGGAACAGGCCCGCUUGGCUUUGGGCCAAUUUAGCCAGGCAGGAUGGCAGACCAGUACAUUUUUUGUGAAGGCUCCAUGCAGAAAAAGGAGGCCAAGGGAAAGUGGGUCACAUACUAUUGUGUACUGAGAGGAGAUCGAUUAUGGUGCUUCAGCAACCGAGAUACAAACAACCCCAGUUCGCUGGUUGGUUCCAUCAAGAUGACGACCAACACUCAGCUGAAGAAGCACAAGACGAAGGACGGAAACUACCAGUUCAAGAUUCGCAACGACCGCGGAGAGUACCGGUUUCGGUGCUCUUUCACCAGCGACCGAGACCGAUGGCUGAUGGAAAUCGGCAAGUGCGCACGAGGCGAGAUACCGAUCAGCGUCACGUCUCAAAUGAACCAGCAGAUAUCGCAGCCGGUGCAGCAGCCUAUGCAGCAGCAGCAGCAACCCGUGCAGCAACAGCGUCCCAUGGACAUGGGCCAGCCGGCGCCGAUGGGCGGCAUGUCCAUGGGUGGCGUUGGUGGUGGCGGCAGCCAAGGCCGCCCGCAGAUGGAGGUGCCGGGCCUGAUGAACACCCAGAGCAUGCACGGUAUGGGUGGUGGUAGCGUCAUGAACAUCAGCCCGCUGAGCGCGAGCCCGAACUCGGGCAGCCCGAUGGGCAUGGGCGGCAGCCAGGAGAACCUGCUGCCGGGCCAGCGCAUCGCGCUCGAGGAGCGGCGGCGACAGACUGGCUUCCAGCAGCCGCCCAUGUCCUCCAUGCAACCGGCGCGUGCCCAGCUGGUACGCGGCCAGGGAUCGUCGGCUAGCAUGCGCUCGGUGGCCCCGCGGCAGCCGCAGUCAGUCCGGCCCGCUGGUAUGACGAAGGAAGACGAGUACUACGACCAAGAAUGGUUCUACGGACGAAUUCCUCGUGAAGUAGCAGAGGAUUACGUUCUAUCGUAUGGCGUUGACGGCUCUUUCUUAUUGCGAGAAAGCGAAAGCUCACCAGGGUGCUACUCCCUGUCUUUCAAGUCGGAGCACAAUGACGUAAGACAUUACAAAAUCGUGCGGCAGGGCCAGCGGUACACACUCACAGGCUUAGAGGAAAAAUCCUUUCCCAACAUCAUCGAAGUUGUCCAAUAUUAUGUUGAAGUAAACGAAGGCUGGGCAGUACCUCUACGACGGUCCGAAACCGGCUACCGGAAACACCCCAACCUGAGAGAUGAUGCACAACCAGAUCCAAGCUUUACGGCUGGAUUCGAUUUGCCUGGCACGUCUGCUGGUAGUGGCAGUCUGAUGGGUGGACACCUGGGUGGCCCUAUUCCGCCGCCGAUGAACACCAGCUGGGACAACCAGCCCCAGAUCCCCAUGCAGGAUAACUUCCACGCGCCACCACAAGUUCCGCAAAUGCCUUCGGGAGGACAAAGCUGGCAACAGAAUUCGCGAUUUGUGCCUCCGCCUCCGCCCAUGGAGCCACCGCCAAUGGAUGAAAUCGACUAUUGCGAGCCCCCGAUUGGAUCGCCGGGUGACAUGAUGUAUCCGCCGCCACCGCUAAACGACUUCCCGCCGCCCAUGUCACCGCAUUCCGGACAGUAUCCGCCACCACCGCCACCCAUGGACCCACCGCCAUUCUAGUCGGUGUUUGGUGCUGCUCCCUCUCUCUCUCACUCUUCCUCCCUCCCUCUCUCUUUCUCUCUCUGAGCAGGUAAGCAGCUGCGGACGCUGUGCCCUUUGCACAGACCUUAUUACUGGCCCAGGACAGCAGCAACAGCAGAAAACUGGGUUGAGUCUUUCCCAGCUGCCAGUUUUGGCGUGUGGAUUGGAUCGACAGCCGUUUCAACAAACGUAAAGGAUGUCGUCAUGUCUCGGAGGGACAUCCGGCACUUAACUUUGGUUACGGAUGCUGUGCUUGUGAGCACACCAAUGGCACGCCGCCCCCGCUGUCUCUUUGAUGCUCACACUGCGACGGGUCCUUCGUGUCUCACCUCUGUUAUUUUUCUCUCAACCGGUUUAGGAGUUAACGUCGUUCUUUUUUCCCCGUGGAUGUUCUCUAUUUUUAUCUCCAUAUUCGGUACCCUAAGUUAGGCUUGUCACGUGACCCCGUGCUUCGAACUGGUUUUUUCUCACAUAAAAUUAUUUACGCAUCAAAAAGAUCCACAGGGCAAAACGACCGUUAAUUGCUGUAAUACCUGUACGAUUCUCUCCUCCAUUUUGCCCACGUAUCGACCGCCAACCAACACUAUUUUUUCCCCGCACUGCAUGCAGAGUGCGAUGCUGUCGUGUCGUUUUCAGCUGCGCCGUAGCCGUUUCCGUUCUCGUUUUCUCCCGGCACGGACCGGGGCGUGUGUUGCUGUUGUCGUUUUCGACCUGUUUAGUCGCGUCCGUUGGUGUGCCGUCGCCCUAGAUAAUAGCAGUAGUAUCCCGGCGCUCUGUCAUUAUAUGAUAUUAUAUACGUGCGUUCAGCAAAACCCAACUAGCAAGCUAAUGUUUGUGUGCCGUACUCCCUCUGCCCUUCUUUCUUUUCAUCAGUGCUUUUCAUACGCGCAGUCGAGUUGCCUAACGUUUUAACACUGUUUUUUUGUUGUCUUCCCCGAGAUGACUGUUUGAUGCGUUGGAGAUGUGAUUUAUAUCCUGAUUGCGCUCUUCACCAUGAUGUUACAGUCUGACCUAUGUCGUGUAUGGCUCCUCAG